AUGUCAGGGCGCCUCUCGCUCCGAAACACGGCCCAUUUCGGAACACGCGGGGUACGGCCCGGCUCUCCGACUCGGCACUCCGGCCCCGGCCACAGCCACCGAGAAGGCCGGGCCGGGCUGUGCCGGCGCGGAGCCGCCCCCCUCACGGCGCUGCGAGCGGAGGCGGGACGGGGGGAAGCGGCGAUCGCUGAGGGGAGGGCGGGGAGCUCCGCGGCGGGACCCCGGCUCCCCAAGGCCUCGCCCCUCUUGGGCGGCGGCAUGGCGGGCGGGCUCCGCGCCCCGCUGUUAGCAGUGCUGGCGCUGCUGCUGGCCGCCGACCGGGCGGCUCUCGCAGUGUCAUUUUAUGGUGAUAGUUUUGUGGCAUUGAAGAUGGCAGAAGCGUCCUGUCAGACAACCUUACAGUUACGGUUUUUAACAAGCAAGCCACAUGGAUUGCUCUUUCUUGCAGCUGGGAAGAAAGGUUAUUGUUUGAUAGAGUUACAGUCAGGAAAUCUGCAGUUGAGAAUUAACUUUGGCAUGGGAGAACGAAUAUUGCGAUCUUGGCAAAAAUCUCAUCUGAAUGAUUUAGCUUGGCACUUGGUUGAACUGCAUCAUGAACGUGAUAAUGUCACAUUGUUAAUUGAUAAAAAUGAUAGGACUACUGCAAAAAUGCCUGGAUUUCUCUAUGAAUUAAAUAUUGAUCAUGGAUUCUACCUUGGUGGUACUACAGAACUUGAUGUUCCUUACCUUGCUAGGGGACUGCCCAGCUUUCGAGGAUGUAUUGAUGAUGUGUUAUUUAAUCAGCUAAACAUUCUGAUGCCCCUGAGAUCUUCCAGCUUUAAAAAAGUCCAUGAAGUUUCAAUGGGAUGCAGCGAUGAAUUCUUUGCAGGUGAAGAUGAACCCAUCAGUUUUUUUAGUUCCAGAUCCUAUGUUUCUUUCCCAUUAUGGAAUGUUGAUGGUGAGGGAAUCUUGGAAUUUGCAAUGCAAACAUCAGCUGCACGUGGCUUGCUGCUUUAUCAUCCCGGACAAGAAGGAGAUUUCAUUGCAAUGGAAGUGGAAGAUGGAUUGAUUAAAGCCUAUUUUGAAAAGCAUAAAAGUAGAACCCACCUUUCCUCUCUUAGGUCAGUCAAUGACAGUCAUUGGCAUUAUAUUAAGCUGAAAUUUACUGCAGAAUAUUUACAACUGACAUUGGAUAAAGAAACUGUUAAAAAAUCAUUCCCUCCUCAAAACGAGCUGCUGCUUCUGAACGGGUCUCUCUUUGUAGGUGGCGUAGAUGACAGUAAACGAUCAGAAGUGAUUAAGUUAGGGCUAACCUCUAUGUCUGGUAUGUCUGGUGCAUCUGGGAAGCAUGGCAGAGGAAGGUCCUUCAAAGGUUGCUUGAGAGACCUGAAAGUCAAUUCAGAAAAGAAAUCGCUGAAGAAUGUUCAAGUAACAAAGGAUAUUUCAGCUGGAUGUGAAACGGAAAAUGCUUUUAAUACAAAUCUUUCUUUGGAGAUGGCUGUAAAAUAUCCUACUGUAAAAGCAGCCCCAACACUUGCCCUUUCCCCUGAAGACUUUGUCUCUCUGGGAAAGGAAGAUGAAAACCACUUUUUAGUUCUGAGUAACCUGCUUGUUCAAGAAGGUGGAAAAGCCUCACUUGAAUCUAAACAUAUUCAAGUUAAUUUAGACUUUCAGAAAUUAGGAAUUAAUCUGUCACAAAUUCUUUUCGAAAUAAAGGAACCGCCAUCACGUGGUAACUUGAAACUAGAUGUUGAACCAGUGCUGGAGGUAAAUAUGUUUACUUUGCAGGAUGUGUGGCAAGGGAAGAUUCUGUACAUCCAUGGUGGCUCUGAAGAUACUUAUGAUUAUUUUAAUUUCUCAGUUUCUGCAAACAAUAGAAAGACUGCGCCUCCAUAUUUGCAAAGAAAUGAUGAGUAUAUGUUUAGCAUUAUCAUCACUCCAGUAAAUGAUGCUCCUGAGAUCACACUUGCUGAGGGAAACUUACUGCUUUUGAUAGAAAACUCAAAGAAACGUUUGACUAGUGACUUGAUAAAAGUAUUAGAUAAUGAUACAGAUCCUCUGGACCUCAGUCUUUCAGUUCUUGGAAAUCUUAAUGCAAAUGCAGGAUAUUUAGAAAAUUCAAAGCAUCCUGGAAAGGCUAUUACUACUUUUUCUAAUGAGGACUUACAAAAAGGCUAUGUUUUCUUUGUCCACACAGGCGUCAGGAACUCAAGAAUUGUUCUGAGAGCAAACGAUGGUGAGAAAGUGAGCAAUACUGUUGUGUUACGCGUCAUGGCAAUUCCUUUGGAAUACAGAGUUGUUAGCAACUCAGGAAUAAAACUUGUCCAGGGUGCUACAGCUCUAAUCACAUCCAAGCAUCUGACAGUUGAAACAAAUGCCGACCUACAAGAGCUGGAGAUUCAAUAUGAGAUCACAGUUGCACCCCAGUAUGGGGAAGUUCAAAGGCAGCAUUCAAGGGGGGAAUGGAAGCAAGUCAGCUCUUUCUCUCAGCGCUCCAUUCAGCGCAGCCGUGUGCGAUACUGUGGCACUUUUAAGGAAGUUCAACGGGAAAAUAUUACUGACCAAUUUAAAUUCAAAGUUAGCAUAGGAAACAGAAUCAGUGAAGAGUAUGUGUUUCCAGUCCAAGUGAAAUGGUUAAGGUACCGUUUAUUGAAAUAUGCUCCUCUAGAAAUCGAAAAAUCAAAAAAGAAAUACUUGAAUUCAGAUAAUCUUUUUGCUGUGCUUAUGGGUCAAGAAGUACCUGAAGAUGAGCUUCACUUUAAAUUGCUGUCCUUACCAAAGAGUGGAGAUAUACUGCUUAAUGACCAGUCUUUGAAAGAAUAUUCAGUCUUUAGCCAGAAAGAUAUUGCUGAUCAAAAAGUGGCAUAUCAGUUAAUGAGCAACUAUUGUGAAGACAAUCAUGAUUCAUUUAAAUUCCUCAUCUCUACAAAGUAUCUGGAAUCAAAUAUCUUUGACUUUGAAAUCUACAUCAAAUCAGAUUUUAGAAACAUAAUUUUAAUUAACAAUGGCUUAACUGUUACUGAAGGUGAAGGAGAAUUAAUAACAAACUCAAAAUUGUUUGUGCAAACACUGGAUAAUAAAACUUUGCAAUAUACAGUUUUAAAGUUUCCUAAACAUGGGAAAUUAAAACUCAUUAAUUCUUCAGAUUCAUUUGAGAGUAAUGGCAAUCUCACCACUUUCACUAAUAAAGAUAUAACUGCUAAGCGUCUUAUGUACGUUCAUGAUGAUUCUGAAACAGUGUUUGAUGAAUUUCUUGUGAGAGUUUCCAAUGAAGAAUCAAGGGAGAGUGCAAUCUUUGAUCCUGAAGUAGGACCUUCCUCAGUAGAAAUUAGAUUCAACAUUUCCGUCCAGCUGAAGAAUGAUGAAAAACCAGUACGUGUUGUUGAUAAAGUAUUCAACAUUGUGAGAAAUGGACAACGAUUAUUGACUUUGUCAGAUCUUUGUUAUCACGAUCCUGAUUCUGAUUUUGAAGAUGGGCAGCUGCUAUACACAAGACGUGGCAUUUCGAAUGGGGAUUUGGUGCUAACAAAUGAUUCAUUGCACAGACUCUAUCAAUUCAAGCAAGCAGACCUGGAGCAAAAGCAAGUCUUGUUUAUACACCAUGGUGCAGAUUUUGGGCGUUUUGUGCUCUUUGUGACAGAUGGCAAACAUUACACAUCUUUCCUUCUAGAAGUUAAUGCCACUGAUCCUUAUCUUAGGUUGGCAAAUAACACAGGCCUGUUGGUUCAAAAAGGAAAAGAGGAAAUUGUUACAACAGCUAACCUAAGUGCUAGUACAAACCAAGACAUCAGAAAUGAUCAUGAGAUUACAUUUCAGAUAACCACUUUCCCAAAAUAUGGAAAAAUAUAUGUAAAUAGUUUAGUGAUGGACUCCUUCACACAGCUUGAUCUGAUAAGGGGGUACGUGACCUACAGGCAUGAUGACAGCAACAACCUUAUUGACAUGUUUAACUUUACAGUCUAUGCUAAAAACAUCCAUCUUGAUUCUGCUGUGCAUGUUCGCAUGUAUUUGGAAGGUCAUCAGUGGCCACCAAGGAUUGUGAACAGUAACAGUCUCUUAGUUGAAGAAGGAAAAACAGUUAAGAUCAGUAAAGGAAAACUGCAAGUUGCCCAUGAAAACAGUUCUCCAUAUGAGAUUGUGUUCACAGUAAGGCAGCUUCCAUUACAUGGAUACAUUCGGAUGUUUUCAUCAGAUGAGAGUUAUCUUGGUGCUGAACAAAAGCCAGUUCUGACCUUCACACAGCAAGAUGUUGAUGAGGGCAAAGUUCAGUAUGUGCAGACAGUUUCUGACCAAUUAAGUGACUAUUUUUCUCUGGAUGUGACCAAUGGUGUCCAAACCGUGAAUGGAAUAGAAAUCUCAGUUGACAUUAUUCCCAAAAUGAUUCCCUUGGAAGUAAAGAACUUCACAGUAGUUGAAGGUAGCUCAAAAGCCCUCGUGGAAGAUGAUCUAAAAAUUUCUAGUAGACACUUUGCAGGACUCAGCUGUGAGAUUAUUUUAGUUGACCAGCCAAAGCAUGGAUAUUUUGAAGAUUCUAAUGCUCCUGGAAUAAAGUUAAACAGAUUUACCAAAAAACAGGUGGAACAAGAAUUAAUCUACUAUGUUCACGAUGGCAGUGAGGAACUAAUGGACAAUUUUACCUUUAUAGUAAAUAACACUGAAUUACAGAAACAAAGCUUGCCUCAAACAAUGUUUGUAACAGUUACCGCAGUAAAUGAUGAAGCUCCUGUUAUAAAAGUUAACAGAAUUCUUCAGGUUUGGGUGGGUUCAGUCACAGAAAUAACUGAUGAUGACCUCUGUGCAGAAGAUAAGGACUCCUCACCAUCAGACCUGAUUUAUUCAAUUACAUCACCCAGCAAUGGGUACUUGGCUCUGAAGUCUUCUCCAAACAAGAGCAUCCUUAGUUUUACUCAGGCUCAUAUAAUUGAAGGGCAGCUGGUAUUUGUACACAAUGGGGCAAUGUCUGGAGGCUUCAACUUUCAGGUAACAGAUGGCUUGAACUUUUCACCACGGCAGAUUUUUAGCAUCACAGCUCGGUCUCUGGUCAUUAGCCUUGAAGUGAACAAUGGACUCAGAGUCUUUCCAGGUUCCAGGAAACCUAUUUCACAACAUGAUCUGAAAGCUGUAACCAGUGAUGUGACCAGUGCAGGAAACAGAACUAUAACUUUUAUGAUUCUAGUUUCCCCCAAACUUGGAAGGCUGAUCAGAACAAGCUCUGAUAAUACCACUCAGGAAAUCCUCAGUUUUACACAGUCUAUGGUGAAUGAAGGUGUGAUCAUGUAUGAGCACUCAAAGGCAGAGUCAGCUGACUGGAGUGCAGAAGAUUUCUUUACAUUUACUGUCUCUUCUCCACCAUCAGCUUUAGACCCUCAGAUAUUCCAUAUUGUCAUUUCAUAUGAAAUUCCCAGGCAUGAUUGGAACAGUCGUCUUCUUUCAAAUACAGGUACUGUAGUCCAGGAAGGAGGUAGAAUAUUAAUCAACAAAACACAUUUAGAUGCUUCAAAUCUAUUGAUUAAGCUACCUGAAGUACAACGCUCCAUGUAUGAAGUCUGGUACCAAGUUGUGUCUUUACCCCACCAUGGUAUAAUAAUUGUUGGAGAAAGAAAUGUUACAAAAGAAAAACCUAAUUUCUCACAACACAUACUGAACAAAUUUGGAAUUGUGUAUGUGCAUGAUAAUUCUGAAUCACUUAUGGACAAUUUCACUUUUGCUGUUUGGUUAAACCUAAAGACCAAGUCUGCAACAAAGCCCCAUGGUGAAGUUUUAGAAGAGAUGUUUAAUAUCACUAUUAUUCCAGUGAAUGAUCAACCACCAGAACUGAAGACUAAAAGGCUGCACCUGAAAGUCCUGCAGGGAGAUGUGUCAAUGCUGGGGUCGGAGAAUCUGAAAGUUGAAGACUUAGACAACACGCCAGCAGAGCUCAAAUAUUCCAUUGUUAGCAACCCCAAUAAUGGUUAUUUAGCAAUGAAGAGCAAUCUGAGUAUCUCUAUACAGGAUUUCACACAAGCUGAUAUUGACAGUGGUGGGGUUUGGUUUGUACAGGAUGGAAGUUCUUCUUCUGGGGUGUUUUAUUUCAGUGUGACUGAUGGUAAACAUCGUCCCUUAUACAAACUUUUCAGUCUUGAAGUUGUACCAAUUACUCUUGUUCUGGUCAACCUUACGGAUGUUGCACUUCCACAGGGUCAGACAUCUGUCACUAUUACUAACACACAGCUUUCAGCUGUCACAAAUGGAAAAAGCACUAAUGUCAUGUAUGAAUUAACUCAACCCCUCAAGUAUGGGCACCUGAUGAUUGAAAAUGAGCCGGUUACUAAAUUUGAGCAGACAGAUUUGAACUUGGGAAGACUUUCUUACCACUUGUCAAAUUUCACUGUGUUUAGAGAAGUACUGAUGUUUAUGAUAUUCACCGCAGAAAGUAAUCUAACAGAACAAGUGCUGAACAUCACAAUGAAGCCUUUAGUGCAAGUUGUGUCUGACAUGCAAAUUUCAAAUCAAGCAGUUUAUAAACUCAAAAGCAAUGACCUGGAUGCUUCUGAGCUAGCCAAUUUAACAAACAGUAAUCCUAGAUUUGAAGUUAUAGUGCCCCCAGCUCAUGGGAGGAUUGUAAAAAAAAGGUUUGUGAAUGAUGCAGUGUUUGAAGAUAUUCAGACAUUCACCCAAACUGAUAUUGAUGGAGGUGUUGUGCUUCUUGACAUAGAUACAAAUAUGACAGGCAUUGAUCUAUUAAAUGAUUCAUUCACAUUUGUGCUCAGAGCAGAUGAUGUGCAGCCUGCUGUUGGCCAUUUUGAGUAUUCCAUAGUGCCAUACAGUCCUCCUCUUGUGCAGAAUUUCACAGCUGAAGUGCCUUUCAUAACCAGUAUGACCACUUUAAAGAUUCCAACUACCUCUAAUGACAGGGUGCUAGUUUACUCCCGUGAUGAAGUACCUACUGUAGCACCAAAGAAGAUUGUCCCAGACGUGUGGGUAGGUCGGAAACGCUGGGGAAAUCAACUGGAGGAAGGUCCAUUGCUAAAUCUUGCAGUGGGAACAAGGGGAUCUGCAGGGACUGAGACCACAGAUCAGGUUAAUGCCAUGAGCUCCAGAGAGCAAGCUGGUGAAAGCAGCAAUCAUUUGUACAUCAUUAUACCCCUGGUCCUGGUGUCUGUGUUACUCAUUAUUGUUGUUAUUUCUGUAUGCAUUUUGCUAAUGUGUCAGAAGAAAGAGAAGGCAAAACCCCUUGUCAAAAAUCAAACAGAUGUAGUCCUCAGCAGUCCAGGUCAUUGUCUGGAACGGAGUCUGACUGUACCCACCGUUACAGUGACCCCUCUCCUGAAGGGAGCCGAGGGAAAUACAUCCUCUGCACUGAUGGCAGUAAGGCAUGAACAGCUGCUUCCUACCAUGCUUCCUCUGACUGCAGAACAGCCUUUGCAAAAUAGCUGGUUAAACCUAGAUCCUGAAAUGAUCCAGUAUUGUCGAAAAACAAACCCAACUUUGAAGCGCAGUCAGUACUGGGUGUAGUUCAUGGCCAGUUUUGGUCAUGCCAACUGAUGUAAUUUGGAAGGAGAGUGUACCUUACUGACACACAAUUCUUUAUUAUGAUAAUUUAUAAUAGGUCAAAUGGUGCAUUGUUUGUUAGGUGAAACCCACAUAGCUGUGAAAUAGUCUUACUGAUUACAGUGGCCAUGAAUUGAGUUUUCCCACCUGAUCAGAUGCAGAACUUGUCCUCAGAUUUUUAGUGCAGUCUGUGUGUGCAGUAUUUUUUAUUUUCCAUGACAGGGGUAAACUAAAAUGUACUGUCAUGGAUUAUAUCUAUUUUAACAUUAUUAUUUUUUGAAGAACUAAGUUUGCGGUAAAAUCCUGUGUUCUUUCCUGAACUGGUACUUCUAUUUUAAGAACUUGAAACUGUUUUUACAAGUAGAUAUCAAGGUGCUAAUCUUGAUAAUGUCAUUUUGACCCAAAGGCUGUUCAAAGGCCAAUAAUAAAGAAACAAAGCUGUAAUUAUUUUGCCAGGUAUUCAUCUGGAUCAGUGAGCUUGAAAUCUGGCAUUCAUUUCAGCAGUAAUUCUAUGACAGUAGCAGUAAGUAAAGGUUCCAAUAAAAUGCUUACUGGGAGGUGGCUUUUUUUUUAUUGUUUGUUUUGUGUUUUCCUAAUUUGUUGCUGGAGUGUAGCCUCAAUAUCUGCAGACUGGUAAAAUGUAUCCAUGGCCUCUAAUCCACAUGGCAAAAAUUGUGCCUCUGCCAGUCAACCUGCCUGCCGAAUUAUUUUCAGGCUUAGUUUAUGUCUGGAAGAACGUAUCAAAUUUCCUGUUUCUUACUAAGGGCUAAGUUCUGCCUUCAGUGAAGCAAGAGCAGCUCUCUUUGUGAUCUGUGAGUCCAAGCAGAUGAUGGUAUCAUCAAAUCCUUUGCUGCAAACUACUUUGUGUGGUGGAGCUACUGACUGAAUACUGUGACUAAAAACAUACUCCCUUCUGAAGGUUCACAAUUUACCAUUCAUCUCCCAGAAUGCAAGUCUUGUGUGCCUUAUGCUCUCUGACAGGUACUAUGUACUCUUAAUUAUCUUACUCAUAGUACAUACUUAGUCAUAGCAAAAUGUGCAGUUAUUUCUCUGUAAGGAUAAUGUUUUUGUGAUUAAUGUUUUUCCAUUUAUGAAAAUGAAUAGUGGUGUGCGGUCUCCUGUUAAGGUCCAUUCUUUCUUCCACUGAAAACAACAGCUAAAUUCUUACUGACUUCAGAGGACAAAAUCACCAAUGAACUUCUCAUAUAUUUUUGUAUGACCUUUUAGGUAGCUUCUCUGUAAAAACACUGUCUGUAAAUGUCUCACUGCUGCAUUAUUAUUAUUAACACUGGAAUAAUAUUUUGUUUUAUCCAAAUUACUGCUGUUUUUGCUUUUGUAGCAUGGAUGUAUAGGUCCUUGGUGCUAUUAAUUUCACAGUUCUUCAUUUUGGUUGUCUUUUUCUGCUGUUGAUUGAUUGCGUUUCUGGCAUUUACAUAUUUCAGUUGAGGGAAAUGUUUACCAGUGAGAAGGGCCAGACUAAAUCUCUGUUACUGCUAUGUCCCAGGAGCUAAAUACUUGAGUAGCAUGCCCAGUUAGAAACAUUUUAAAGCAGUACACUGUUUGGAGCCUGCUGCCAGGUCAGUGUCAGUGGAAAAUAUGCAGGCAACAUUUUCAACUGUUUCAGUUAGUGGAGAGAUAUGAAUCCUUCAUAUGCUCAAACUAAAAUGUAUUUGAAGCAUAUUAUGCAGUUUUUGUUUUACUUGCCAUCUUUUGUCUUUACUUGCCAAUACUUGCCAUCAAGGAAAAUUUGCCAUUUUUCCUUGAUGCCACUGUGAGCAGGCUUGAGGUCACCUUCUACCAUCAGUGUAAAAGCCUGGGAUUUGAGAUGUCCCAGAUGGACUUUACAAGCAUGCAGUAUAGGCCUUUCUAGUUAAAAACAAAAACAAAAAACCUUUGCUACUAUUUUAGAAACUGUCAGCAAAGAGGUGGUGCUGUCAGCCAUUGCAGGGACACCCUAGCAUCUUUGUGGAGGUGCAGUUGUAGUCUCCUGCCACUUCCUGAGACCUUAUUUGCUAUCACCAAGCAAACAGCAACUUCUUCCAGAUUCCAGCUGUCAGCAGAGCACUUGCAAUACCCUUCCUCCGGUGCCAUUUAGCCAGUAGCAGGAACUCAAUUCCUUUGUAUCUACUCCAAGGCUCCACUCCAAUAAUAAAAAACAAUAAUUAAGAGUUAUAAUCCAGUAGUUCCAUGACACUUAAAGAAGCAUGUCUCACAUUUCCCUAUGGUUGAGACCCUCCUGUCAACAGAAAAAGAAGUGUCAUACUCCAGAAUGAAGUUACACCUACCAUGGAAUGAAGUUACAUGCUUUUAGUGCGGUAUCAAAAUAUUGUUACUGGAGUCCACAGUGUAGACAAGCUGAAAAAAAAAAAAGAGAUGAAAUAUGUGCCUAAGAGACUUUUUAAACUAUGUAUCAUUGUAAAGACAGGUAAGGAGGUGGCUGUGCUUGUUGUGCCAUAGAGAUGGAAGAUAGGGCUACUGCAGUGGUGGUAAUGGUAAAAAAUGAAGCCACAACAUAUUAUCAAGUGAAUAAAAAAAACAGUAAUGCGAUUAGAACUUGAAAACUGGAUGGACCCUUUGCAUAUCUGUAUUUGUAUUCUCUGAGCAAGAAAUAAUAGAAAAAUACAGAGGAGAUGGCUGAGUUUUUGUGUAAGCAUAAUGAACUAAACUCUUUUUUUUUCUUUUUUUGAACUUUCUUUUUCUUUCAGAAUUGCUCUUGCCUGACAACAGAAGUUUACUUCAAGUAGAAUGAGCACUAUGAGCUGUGUUUUAAGAACAGGGCUGUUUCUAAAGUGUUAAUUUUUUCUUUAGUAAAAACCUAAAGGCCUGAUUGUGAUGUAUACCAGCAUUUAGUUUGCUCUCCCAGUGCUGCUGUUACACAACCGUGCCAUAAUACUUGCCAUACUAUUGAACUUUUGGAUGAGAACUCUCUGUGGAGAAGUAUAUUGUAUCACUGAUUGCUGGGUUUUGUAUAAAAUGCUCUCUUUAAUAUUAUAAUUGAUAAUUACAUGUGGAUUUUACUUUAGUAUCGUAACCAGAGUCCUAUUAAAAAAAAAAAAAAAGAGUGCCUUAAUGUAAUGUAAGCUUUUCCACUGGACAAGGCAGAAUAGCCUCUGUCAGAGAAUGGUUUAUCUUAUCUUACCUCAUCACGUGUCCUCUGGGCUGUGUUCAACAUGGGCAUGAAAGUAACAUUAACAUUGAUUCAUUUCAGGCCAGUCAGUCUCCCCUCCAUUCCUAUAAGGCAGUGGGACAGCUUGUUCUGCAUGCCAUUGCCAAGCAAUCAGAAGACAAGAAGAUUAUCAGGAGUAGUCAACAUAGAUACACCAAGGAGAAAUUGUGCUGUGAGAAAACAUUCUGUGAUGUCCUCAGCAGCUGAGAAGGUGGGGAUGAGCAGUGGAUGUUGUGUAUCUUGACUUCAUCAAAGUGUGGACACCGUCUCCCACAGCAUUCUUAUUAUGAAACUUAGAAAGUGUGGGAUAGAUGUAUGUAUGGUGAGGUGGAUUGAGAACUGGUUGACUGACAGAGCUCAGAGUGUGGUCAUCAGAGGUACAGAGUCCGUUUGGAGGCCUGUAAGUAGUGGUGUUCCCCAGCAGUCAUUGCUGAGUCUGAUCUUCACCAGUGACCUGGAUGAAGAGAUGAGUAGAGUCCACCUUCAGCAAGUUUGCUGAUGAUGCAAAGCUGGGAGGAAUGACUGACACUCUGGCAGACAGUGCUACCAUUCAACAAGACCUGCACAUACUGCAGAGUUGGGCAGAUUGGAACCUGAUGAGGUUUAUCAGAGCAAGUGUAGAGUCUUGCACCUGGGAAGGAAUAACCACAUUCAUCAGUAAAGGGCAGGGGCUGAGCUGCUGGAGAGGAGCUCUGCAGAGGAGAACCUGGGUUUCCAGAUGGACAACAGGUUGGCCAUGAUCCAGCAGUGUGUCCUGGUGGCCAAGAAGAUAUCCUGAGGUACAUUAAAAAGAGUGGCUAACAAGUUAAGGGAAGUGAACCUCUCACUCUGCUCUGCCUUGGGGAGGACACAUCUGGAGUACCUUGUCCAUGUCUGGGCUUCCCAGUUCAGAAAAGAUGGAUAUCCCAGAAGGAGUCCAGUAGAGGACCUCAAAGAUGAUAGAGGGCCUGGAGCAUUUCUCGUGUGAGUACAGGCUGAGCAACCUGGGUCUGUUCAGCUUGGAGAUAAGAAGACUGAAAGGGAAUCUGAUUAAUGUUUAUAAAUAUCUAAAGGGAGGUGGGAAGCAAAUGGGUGAGGCCAGGUUCUUCUUGGAGAUGUGUAGCAAUAGGACAAGGAGUAAUGACCUAAAACUCGGACAUAGGAAGUUCCAUACUACCAUGCAGAAGAAAUUUAUCAUAAGGGUGAUGGAAAACUAGAACAGGUUUCCCAGAGAGUUUGUGAAGUUUCAUUCUAUGGAGAUGAUUCAAGACCCAUCUGGAUGCCUGCCUGUGUGACAUGCUGUAGGGGACCAGCUAUUGCAGGGGGAUCAGACUCUGAUCUCUUGAGCUCCUCUCCAACCUGUGUGAUUCUGUGAUUUGAGUUUUCUGAAACAGCACUGCAAUGGGUGGGUUUAAAGAAGUUUUAUGUCAUUUCACUACACAUGCUUAGAAUAUCUUGAAGUACCAGUUUCUUAAAUGUUAAUAUAUUAGUGCUGUUUUGUCCCUGUUCCAAAAGGCAGUAGAACAAGCCUCUUGAUACCUGUCAGCCGUGUGCAACAGUCAUGCUGAAUUACAGAGCUGUUUUAGUAUUAAUUGUGUGCCCCAGAUACGGUAAAAAUGUAAGCACCUUAUGCUUGCCUUAGAGAAUAAGGCAGUGUGCAUUUGGCUGGCUCUGUGAGGAGCCAUGCAGUUUAAAAUUCUAUCUGUUGCAUGCUAAAACUGCUUCCCAAUUUCAGGAUAAUAAAUUAAGAUAAUAUUACCCCGUAUUGCACUAAAUGAUUUCUUUAACCGGAUUUUGAUCUGUCUUUAAUCAGAACUGGGAUGGUCUGUUGUUGUUUCUGUAGCUUGAAAUGUCAGAAAUUCUGGUGGCAGCAAGGGAGCAGCUUCCCCUGGGCCAUGACACAGCAUCUUGACACAGAAACCCGUAAGUCCCAGCUACAACAUUCGUUGCAGCAGCCUAUUAAGACCUCCUAGACCAAGUCCAGCAGUGAAUUACUGCAGUGUGCUAAGCUACAGGCAUACAUCCUGUCUGCACCAUUUUUUUUUUCAAGCCUACCCUUUUGAUGUUAUAGUGAAAUACUUUCUGUGAAUAUUAUUAAAGAUGCUAAAAAUAAUUGUUCUGGCAUACUCAGCAGAAACUGUUUAUCUUCACUUGUUUCAAAUAGUCGUUUCUGCCAGAGCCUGCCUACCCCAAAUCCAGUCCUGGACCAGAAUGUUCUUUCAUUGCAAUCUAUAGUUUCACAUCUGUUUGUAGGGAAACGUGGUAUGGUGAAAUACUUGCUUUGCAUGCUCAAUUCCUCAUUUCCAGUUUUGCUUCUUGGUUAUUUUUGCAGUAAUGCUUUGUACAUGCUGGUAACCACUGCCUAAACAUGAAGUUGUUUGCAGACUGAAGUUUUAGCUGCAUCAUGUUUUCAAGGCCACGCAGAGGGAAGAGCAUCAGAUCUCCAACACUGGGGGAAAAUCAAAACUGAGCAUUGUUAUGGCAUAUAACUGAGCGUCAGAACUUUCUGAAAGAGCACAAGCAAACAGCUCAGAAUAAGUCAGUGGUGUAGUUUAUAGCAUGUGACUUACCAAACUCAUUACAUAGCAAUUUUCGUGUAUAGUACAGGAAAAUGUGUCUGAAUGAGAUUCUAGACAGAAUUUUAAAAUAAUCAGAGAUAUCAAAAGUGCACGUAUCAUAUACAGGUUCAAAUAUGUAUAAAUGAGGUUAAAUAAGUAGGUCAGAGAAAUGUACAAAGUUGAUUUCAGAUAUGCAAAGUCUCCAGGAGAGCUGCUUUGCUAUCAGGAAGUACUGGGGAAGAUGUUGGUUAAUGUGGGGGGAGCCAGGAGGACAGGACGGAGACACGUUCACUGGGGUAGACAGAAAUACAUGAAAACCACACAAGGUCAUUUAGAAGCAAACUUGCUUCUUUGAAAGGCAGAAGUGAUGUAGAAGUGCCACAUGAUUAUGACAUGCCACAUGGUUUAAAGAAGUCUCCUCUCUGCCAGAAGAACAAGAAGUGAGAUGACAAGUUCUCUUGCCAUACAAGGAGAGAAGUUCAAUUGGCUUUUUUUUUUGUGCAUUUCUUCACAGCUGGUAGGAGAUUCAGUAGAAUUAAACUUGCUAUGGCAUGAACAUACUGAAUGUAGACUUAGAAGAUGGCUGGCUGUCAAGAAGUCCAGUGGUGGGGAUAAAUCAGAUCAAAUCACAAAGAUUCUUCGUUAUAUAACCAUUGCCCAGUCUUGCUGAGCAGAUUUAGCCAGGAAAUAACAGAGAUGUUAAAGCCUGCUGGCAUGAAUAUUGCCUUAAAAACAGAGCUACCAUGUUCUUACUCUCUUGGUCAAACUGCAGAAGGGAGCAGGGUGAAGGGGCAGGAUAAGGGGAAAUGGUUUUAAGUUGAGGGAGGGAAGAUUUAGGUUGGAUAUCAGGGGAAAAUUCUUUACAGAGAGAGUGGUGAGGUGCUGGAACAGGCUGCCCAGAGAGGUUGUGGAUGCCCUGUCCCUGGAGGUGUUCAAGGCCAGAUUGGAUGGUGCCUUGGGCAGCCUGGUCUGGAAUUAAAUGGGGAGGUUGGUGGCCCUGCAUGAGGCAGAGGGGUUGGAGAUUCAUGAACCUUGAGGUCCCUUCCAACCCUGGCCGUUCUGUGAUUCUGUGAACUUGCCUGAGGUUCUGACUGUAAUCACAAUUAAUGAUUAAUGGUAACUCUAGUUAGUUGCAAAUGCUUAAAGGUAUGUGAAAGAAUGGUGACAUGGUUCUGCCUCAGAGCACACAACUAACACAAAUAAAGAUGGACCUGAGCUUAGCCUCUGGAAAACAAUGGAAGUAGGUUGAGGAACAUUCUCAUUUACACAUGGCUUCAUAAAACAAUUAAAAAUCAGUGCUAGAACUAAGAUCAGGGGCAAAGUAAGCAGAAGUGUUAUAAAUCAGCUGGAAGAUGAGUUACUUGCUUCAUAGCACCUCUUAAUCAGUCAGGCAUAUGCAACCAAGGCCCUAUACUCUGUUAGGAAUGCUGCAACUUAAGUAUCAGUGUUUUCUGAUUCUAAAUCACCUUUCCCCUGGUUGUAGACUUUAGGAUCAUUUAGUCCUUCCCCUUCAUUCUGAUUCCUGGGAUUCUGGGAGGUCUGCUUGUUGGUCCUCACUUUCGAAUACAGGAUCUGGCCUCAGCCCUGUGCUUCUGUCCAUGCCUCACGAGAUUUGUGGGUUAGUAACUACUGGUCACCACUGUCCUGAGCUGUGGCCUACUCUAGUCCGAAUCUACAAGUUACAUUUAGAGACACACUAUACCCUAUGUCCAUUUCUGUGGUUUCCCAAGAUGCUCGAAAUAUAAAAUGGUGGGUUGAGGAUGUUCCUGUUGUAUUGCCACUGCCAGGAAGCAGUGCUCCCCCAACCCCAGCAUGGCCGCAGCACACCUAGGUCCUGGCACACCUCGGUCCUGGCACACCUCAGACAUUUAAUAGCUCUAUGUCAAGCCUUCCUGGAGACCUCUCUGCCUCUCCUCAGCUCCCGGGAGCAGCCCUCUUCUGUGGAGGUGCUGGAUGGGCCAUAGUGCAGAGCUCCUUUGCUCUGGUUUUGUAGACCACCACUUUCGCCCUGCUGGGGAAUUCUCAGGCUGACAGCUGUGACCAGAGGGCAGUUCUCUAUGAAACGCAGACUUACCCAGUUCCUGUGAGACAUUUAACU